GUGGGGAUUUCUUUGUGUAUCUGUUACAGCCUACACAAGGGUGUAUGGGUUACUGUGCGGAGGCUGUCCCUGACACCAAAUCAAAAUGCAAUGAGGGGGAAACUGAAGUUGACGGUGUGUGCAUAAAUAUAGUGAACAAAGAAACUGUAUUUCCAGACCCCCCAAGGAAUCCAGAAAUUGCAGCUGAAUUGGUUGGCAACAAUGUUUACCUCAAGUGUUCCUUUGAUGCCCCUGAUACCAACCUCUCCAUGGGAUUUUUAAUAAAGUGGUCUAGACUCUCGACUGAAGGAGUAAAGCUAGAACUGAGGCAGGAGGCUGUUAUCCAGACAGUUUCUACUGUAGAACUUGAUGGGAUAAGUGUGAGACUCGGAGACAGGAUAUAUUGCAGUGUUUCCAGCUUUUUACUAGAACAACCAGAUGUUCACAGCGCCAUCCAAGAAAGCAAGGAAUUUUUCGCUGGCAUUCAGAUCCACCCAGAAGCCCUCACCAUAUCAGAAGAUGGAAGAAGAUAUCGUUUGACUGUAGAAAGUACAGUACCAAUUUCAUGCUCUGGGACAACUGAAUUGCAGAAUGAAUGUAAAAUAACCCUGAAACUCCAUACUGCAAAUGAAGAUGAAGAAAAACAUGACUCUGAUUUGGCACUUUCUUCCUGCCAAGUCGACCUCCCGCAGUCCGCCUGCCAGAGUGGAAAGUGCAGUCAAGCAGUUCUUCAUUACACUGCAGUGACGGACUUUGUAGCUGAUGGAGACAAAGUUGCAAACAUUGUGGUUGACGCCAUAAUUAGCUCAAGCUUUCUAUGGAAUGGUUAUUCUCCAUUAAGCACACAGAUUACAGUAAAGGACCUCCCCACUGCCUACUGCUAUUCAUUUACGGAUCCUCAUGUCAUCACAUUUGAUGGAAGGGUUUAUGAUAAUUUCAACACUGGGACCUUUGUGUUGUACAAGAGCGUGUCCCGCGAUUUUGAGGUACAUGUCCGACAGUGGGAUUGCGGAAGUGUUCACCACCCAGCCUCGUGCAACUGUGGCUUUGUUGCUAAAGAAGACGGAGACAUUAUUACAUUUGAUAUGUGCAGCGGACAGCUCCAUGAAUCCCAGCCACAUCUGUCAGUGAAGAGUCAGGAUUCCUCAACAACUAAUUUCAGAAUCACUGAACAUUAUCUCGGAAGAAAGAUCACAAUCGCUUUCUCAUCUGGAGCCUUUAUCCGAGCAGAUGUGAGUGAAUGGGGGAUGAGUUUGACUCUCCGGGCUCCUGGCUCAGAUUUUAACAAUACCCUUGGUCUUUGUGGUACCUUUGAUGGGAACGCAGAAAAUGAUUUUCAUAACCGAAAAGGAAUUGAACUUGAAGACACUUCACUCAGCCACCUUCAUUUCAUCAGUCAAUGGAAGAUUUCUGCUGGAGAAAGUUUUUUUGAUAAAGUGCCAUCUUUUUCACAGUCCUCAAACAAUGUGAAGUAUUGUAGAUGCAAAGAGAGGAAUCAGAUGUAUCAACCUCCUAACACACUCUAUACAACUUCUCACACUGAGGCCAGUCUUUGUAAAGACAAUGAUAAUGUUCUGUUUCCAAUACUGAUACCCGGUCUGGACAUUACCACUGAGUACGUCAACACACCAGAUACUCUCCGGAACCUUAAUAAGCGUUCUGUUGUAGAUCGUUCUCUUAAGACAACAACAUUUAAUGAUGUGGAGAAUUCUACUGGACAAAUACGUAAAACAAAGGAACACACCAUAGGGAAAACAAAAAUAACAUAUGUAAAAAAGAACACUCAACACAGCCAUAUUUCUACAGAGAAAGUUGUUAGAAACAGAAUGAAACGUCAGAAUUAUUAUGAAUAUCUUUCUACAUUCCAAUAUCAAAGCCUAAGCCAAACUGACUUGGAAGGAUUCAGCUACUUCUUCCCUGAAGACCACUCUACAUAUACCCACCAGGACUUUUUGCCUUCCUGGCCUACCCCAUCAGGCCUAAGACAUUCAUAUGUUUUAGAAUUUUGCCAGCACUCUGUUUUGAACUCCAGCAUAGGGAAACUGUGUGUUGAUUUCCUUGGAACACGUCCUAAAGAAGUAGUCGAUAUGUGUAUCACAGAUGUAUUAUUGAAGGAUGACCUAAGCUGGGCAGAAGCUGGUGUGGCCCUAUUGGAAAAUGAAUGUGAAAGAAAACUCUUAGAAUUAGGAAGUCACAGUACAGGAUACAUGGAACAAAUGGUGGACCACAUUCUUCUGGCCUUAAAAUGUCCGAAUCACUGUAGUGGCAAUGGGCAGUGUAUGGAUUGGGGAUGUUCCUGUUUUCAAGGUUAUGGGUCCUAUGAUUGUAGCAUUUUGAUUGACCAGGUGCCUGAGAUUUUGGAGCUGGAAAAUUCUGGACUCUGUGAUGUUCGGACAUACGACUGUACUUCUGUGAGGGUGUUUGGACAAGGGUUUAAAGAGGUGCUUAAUCUCAAGUGUGAAUUUACCAAGAUGCAGUAUAGUGGUGGCAAAUGGAUCCUUACUGACCCAGUCCUGAUGGAUGCUGCUUUCAGGAAUAGUAGAACCAUUGAUUGUCAGGUUCCUGUAGAUGCCCAUCAGUCUGAGGGCAUUGGCCUGGUGGAUGAUAAGCCAAUUGCCAAGUGGCAAGUAAAGGUAUCUAAUGAUGGUUAUACCUUUAGUAAUGUUAAAGCAAUUACUUUAUAUGAUGGAGCAUGCCAAACCUGUGACCCAGGGUCGGAUGGACUAUGUACGUUAAAGGAGAAAACAUGUAAUAUAGAUGGACUUUGUUAUGGCGAGGGGGACCCCAAUCCUACCAGCCCAUGUUUAGUCUGCAGGCCAGACAUCUCAAAACUAACAUGGUCAAUUGCCGAAAAUAACAAACCUCCUGUGGUUCAUUCCUUGCCUGUUACACUACAGACCUUCUACAGUGAAAACUUUGUAUACCAGUUCAUGGGCUCCGACCCGGAAGGCUCAGCCGUCCUCUUUACAUUAGACUCAGGUCCGGAGGAUGCCAGUUUAUCACCAGCAGGGCUGCUAAUAUGGAAAGUAAUGUCUCAGAGUACGCAGACAUUUGUAUUUUUCGUAGCCGAUGAUUGCAAUGCCAAGACCAACGCAACAGUAGACGUUGUUGUGAAACCCUGUGGUUGCUUAAACGGUGGGUCGUGCGUCGCAAAUGUUAACUUUCCACCAGGAAAAGGGGAAUACCUAUGUGUUUGCUCUCAAGGUUUCAAUGGUGAAUAUUGCCAAUUGGAUAUAGAUGAAUGCCAGUCUAAUCCGUGUGGUCCUGGAAAAUGUGUGGAUGAAAGAAACAGUUACCACUGUGAAUGUCCUCUAGGUCUUAAAGGAGUAACUUGCCAAGAGGAUAUUGAUGAGUGCUCAUCUAAUCCCUGUUUUCCUAGUGUUCCUUGUUCUAAUACAUUGGGUUCAUAUACAUGCGGUCUGUGUCCACAAGGAUAUGAAGGGGAUGGAACCACGUGUGUCCAAAUGGUUUUGACAACUCAGAUACCUUCAACUGUACUCCCUGUAGUCUUUACAGAAUAUUAUGAUUAUAAAGGCAAUGACAAGGUUGAUGUUGGACAUGAUAAAUACAACAACCAAGGGGUUGUUCAAACCGUUCUAAAACCAAAUACGUCUGGUUCUUCAACGAAGCCCAUCAAUCAGCCAACAAUCUCUGUAGACCCCAAUCCAGCAGCUAAUAGCAGAAGUACGGGAAGUGUUACUGUAAACACUUCUAUGUCACUAUUGUCGGAUGCUCGUCAGACAACUGCUUAUCAACCUCGUACGGCUUGGUUCACAAGUCACUUAUCAAGGUCCAGUUACACAGGAACUAAUACAAACUUACACCCCAGUGCAAAGAGUGGGGCCAGCCUCUCUCGGUACAGGACAGCAUUGAUGGAGAGGACAAAGGAUGCUAUAACAAAAAAGACUGAAGAUAAUAUUGUUCAAGACAGAGUUAAUGAUUUCAAAUUCCAUGAGACUUUUGCAACACAUAAAAAUGGAACAGACCACAGAGGAGAGUUGAGGAGUGCAUAUACAGUGGCCCCAGUGAAAUUAACUUGCGCUGAUUCUCCUUGCUUCGCUGGUGUCGCAUGUGAACCAAGCCAAGAUGGAGGCUUUAAGUGUGGGCGAUGUCCUUUUGGCUACUAUGGAGAUGGUGUUACAUGCAAAGCAAUAUGCCGGCACCCAUGUGGACGAAACAUGGAAUGUACAGCGCCGAAUGUGUGUAGAUGUAAGCCUGGCUAUUCUGGAUAUAACUGUCAGACUGCUUAUUGUGAUCCUCCCUGUGAACAUGGUGGGUUUUGCCAGGCUAGAAAUGUCUGUACUUGCCCAUUUGGCUACGUUGGACCAAGAUGUGAAACAAUGGUUUGCAAUCGGCAUUGUGAAAACGGUGGAGAAUGCGUUGCUCCAGAUCAAUGCAAGUGCAAACCUGGUUGGUCUGGACCCACCUGUAGCACAGCUGCUUGUCACCCGGUCUGCCUCAACGGUGGUACUUGUAUGAAGUCAAAUAUUUGCCUUUGCCCAAAUGGAUUCUUUGGUGCUCAGUGCCAAAAUGCUGUCUGCAGCCCUCCGUGCAAGAAUGGUGGUCAGUGCAUAAGAAAUAAUGUGUGUGCCUGUCUGGAAGGCUACACUGGAAAAAGGUGCCAGAGAAGUGUUUGUGACCCCAUGUGUGUGAAUGGAGGCAAAUGUGUGGGACCUAAUAUUUGUUCUUGCCCAUCUGGAUGGAAAGGGAAAUGGUGCAACACACCUGUAUGCCUUCAAAAGUGUAAGAAUGGUGGUGAGUGUAUAGGUCCAAACACAUGCCACUGCCCGCCAGAAUGGGAGGGGAGUCAGUGCCAAACACCUGUUUGCAAUUACAAGUGUUUAUAUGGAGGACGAUGUACGUCGCCAAAUGUAUGCUCCUGCCGUCCUGGGUACACUGGAAUUACGUGCAGCCAGAGAUUACAGGUACUGCGUGGUUGAGCAUGAACUUGAUUGUGUGAAAUGGACACUGAUAGUUGGAACAAGCAAUGCUGGCAUAGGAUGCCAUUCACAUGGAACAUCGAAAAACAAAUACAAAUUUAGGAAGCCAGAUUUUUUUUUAAAGUAAGCAUUAUGUGCAAAUAUAACACUGGAGCAAUGUUUUGCUCAUUUUUUGUUAAACAUGAGAUUUUUUAUAUGACAUAGGAAGCUGUUAAUUUACCCUUCUUUCCUUGUUGUGAUUGUGUAGUUUUGAUAUGAAAGUUAUACUGUGUACUGUUUGCUACAUAAGCAACUGAUCGUCUGUACUAUUUUAGCACAUUUGAUUUCCACCAACUAUUUUCAAAUACCAUUAUUUAUUAUUUAUCUGGCCUGCACUUAUCUAAAAAAUGUAGAGCUUUUUAACUUCCAUCUAGAAAAUAUGAAUGUCAAUUACCGGUCUAUGUCAAUAUGUGUAUAAUUUAAAUAUGCAUUCUACUUAUCUUGUAAAGUAUAAUGAGCUGCAAAGUCAUUGUGAUUGGAUGAAAUGAUCUGUUAUGAAUAUACAUAUUUGGUGAUUGCCAUCUCUCUAACAGAACAAAUUCUGCACAUUUACACAUUUUUUUUUUUUUUUUAGAAAAUGGUUUACAUAGCAAUUUUUGUAUACAUAGCUGUAUUUUUCCUUAAUAAACAUACCAAUUUAAAUAUAUAUGAAUUAACAUUGUUUAACUAUCCUUUGGUAUGCUAAUUUUGUAUAUUAAAAGAAAAAAAAUGUUUUAUUUAAAUAAAAUGUUAUAGGAAGCUAAAGAGUUUUUUAAAGAAAAUAUGAAAGUAAAUAUGUUUCAGAGGCAAGAAUAUGUGAGGGGCUGAGCCUUAUCGGUAAACAUGACAUUUCUUCAUUAAAUACUUUAAAUGUAGACGUUAUUAUUGUUUUCACUGCUUUCAUUGUCACAUAAUAAGUUUCAAUUCUAAGAAUAUCCAUUCUGAGAUCAGUAUAUUUUAGCAAAUACUGUAUAUUUAGAUAAUUAUAAUAUUAUUACAGUUAAUGAUUAUUGCAGCAUCUUCUCUCUUCUUAUGUCUGAAUAAUAUCUCCAUACCUUCCAUUCUGUGGACUGGUAAUUCUGGAUCAACGUGGGGCCAUCGUAGCAUUUGUUGCCAGGGAGGUUAUUACGCUUUUAUAACUUUGUAUCCCAGUUGUUCUUUAUUUAACUUCCUCCUUAUACUUCAUGAAGAUUGUAGUGGCUUGGUAUACAUUGGCUAUCCACUUUAUCCAUCUGCUAUUACUAAUAAUAGUGUUUCAUUUA